AUGGAUGCCUGGGGACAAUUGAUCGGAUCUUUGGUCUCAAUAAGAAACAACGACAAAAACAGCAAAAUCGGCAAUGGCCAAGAUUCACAAAAAGUCCGCAUAGAUGGAUCACCAUCUAAAGAUGCGGAGCGUCCAAAAACGGUGCGCUCUUCCCUGCCGAGGGCCAUCGUUCGCAGUGUAUCACUUUUCAUUGUCGGAGGGAAACGCGCAACGCGAAGCAAUGGCACCGGAGAGGGCAGCUCUUCGGAGCAAGCGCGCGCCAAGAAUAAAGGUAAACGAGGCGAUGUCGUCCGCCGCGCUCGGAAGUCCACGCGGCGCGUUAGCAUGGAAGAGAUCGCCGGCGGUAAGACGAAUCCCAAACUCAUUGAGACGCUAAAAAAGAAGACACAUUUUACCAAACCCGAAUUAGAAGCAUUGUGUAAAAUAUACAGGAGACUGGUAGCAAAUAAUAAAAUGGCUGUAAAGGUUUCGGCGAUGGCUGCUGCUGGGGGCGCUCUAGCUAAACCUGCUCCAACAAUUGAGGGUAUAGAUAGAACUCUAUUCCGGGAAGUUUUGCACAGUACAUUUGAUUUAGUGGCAGAAGACUCACUAACCGAACGAAUAUUUUGUGCGUGGGAUAGCGCUGGCGAAGGAACGCUCCGUCUAGAGCCCUGGCUGGUCGGGUUGUCCACCGUGUUGCGGGGUUCGCGGCCAGAACGAGCCGCGUUCUGCUUCCGCGUGUACGACCUGAACGCGGACGGUUACAUCAUGCGAGAUGAAAUGUUCCAGCUUCUCAAGAAUUGUUUAAUAAAACAGCCCCAAGACGAGGAUCCUGAUGAAGGAGUUCGUGACCUUGUUGAAUUGGUUUUGAAAAAGUUGGAUUUGGACAAAGAUGGAAAGGUGUCAUUAGAUGAUUUCCAAGGAGCAGUUGAUGCUGAACCGUUGCUUCUGGAAGCUUUUGGGCAAUGUAUGCCCACAGAUGCUGCUCGAGAUUCUUUUCUAUCGACUCUUCAGUUGUAA